AUGUGUAUUGAUUAUCGCCAGUUGAACAAGGUUACAGUGAAGAACCGUUAUCCUUUGCCUCGUAUUGAUAGCCUGUUUGAUCAGUUACAGGGUGCUCGUGUGUUUUCUAAGAUUGACUUGCGUUCAGGCUAUCAUCAGUUGAAGAUUCGGGAGCCAAACAUCCCGAAGACUGCCUUCAGGACUCGGUGUGGUCAUUACGAGUUCCUUGUUAUGCUAUUUGGGCUGACCAAUGCCCCAGCAGCCUUCAUGCACUUGAUGCACAAUGUAUUCUGGCCAUAUCUUGACUCUUUCGUCAUUGUCUCUAUUGAUGACAUUCUAGUAUAUUCCCGGAGUCGGGAAGAUCAUGAGCAACACCUGAGGACAGUGCUUCAGACUUUGAGGGAAAAGAAGUUAUACGCUAAGUUCUCGAAAUGUGAGUUUGGAUUUUCAUCUAUUGCAGUAUCUAUGACCAUGCUGACCCAGAAGGGUGCUCCGUGCGAUGACCGCAGAAGCGAGAUCAAGCCGCAGAUGCGGCCACAGGUGAAGGCAGCAGAAGACGCAAAAGCGGGAGGUGUGCCGCACCUGUGCGGUCUCAUGGCUGCAGAAGCGGAUUUGCUGAGCAGAAAUAAGAUAUUUUGA